AAGCGGAAGGGACUCAGGGGCCAGCAUGGCGGCGGUUGUGGUGUGCGGCGCGCGGCGGCUGGCGGGGCGAGCGGCUUUUCUCUUGUCAGGGGCUUCGCGGCGAUCUACUCAACUGUUUUGCACAGUGACCCAGGAGAAAAGCACUGGACCAAAUUUGGAAGAACAACAAAGCCAGAGUCACAGUGAACAAAAACCUGAUUCUUGCUCUGAUGCAAAUAUAUUAACAGAGGAAAAGACUAAACUGGAACAGCAAUUAAAGGAAAUAACUGAUAAAUACAAACGUGCUCUGGCAGAUGCAGAAAAUCUGCGGCAGAGAACUCAGAAAUUGGUAGAAGAAGCAAAGUUAUAUGGAAUUCAGAGUUUCUGCAAGGACUUACUGGAAGUUGCUGAUGUUUUGGAAAAAGCAACCGAGUCUGUUCCCAAAGAAGAACUAAAAGAUGAAAACCCCCAUUUGAAAAAUCUUUAUGAAGGUCUUGCUAUGACUGAAGUUCAAAUACAGAAAGUGUUCAAAAAACAUGGAUUGGUGAAAUUGAAUCCUCUUGGAGCCAAAUUUGAUCCUUAUGAACAUGAAGCAUUAUUUCAAGUCCCCACAGAAGGGAAAGAACCGGGCACUGUAGCUUUAGUAUCAAAGGUUGGCUAUAAAUUACAUAGCCGUACUUUAAGGCCUGCAUUAGUAGCUGUUGUGAAAGAACAAUAGCAACCUGAUCUGAAAGAAUUAAUAAGCAUUGCAUAGAUAAUUAGUUAGAUUUCUUAAUGAUGCUCUGUUAUAUUGAGGUGAUUCACCAAAUGAGGUGGGAUACAGAGGAAAAUGAUGGAUGAUAAAGCAACGUGAAAAAUGUUUUUAAAUGAAUGUAUAUAAUGUGGAGAGAAUGCAAAUUACUAACAUAAAUUACAACAUCAAAUUAUACAUAGUACCUUUUCAUUAAUGUAAGUCCUCAAGGAUAACCUAUCUAAUCGAGCAACCAGAAGAAUGCCAUAUUGGUUAUUUCCACAUUGAACUCUUUUGAACUGUUGGUGUCAUGUUGUUUAUGCUUCUAUUUGAGCCCUAUCCUUAAGCUGAGACUGAGCUUUGAUGGAACAAAGAUGGCAAAAUAUACAUACACAAUCAAUAAUGGUGUCCUAUGCGUGCAGAUAACUGGAAACCAUUCCUUGUUGAUGCCACUUAGCUAUUUCAUAAAUGCUUUAAUUCAUAUAAAGGUGUCUUAAAAUAGUAUGAUGCUAAUGGAAUAUGCAAUUACUCUAAAUACUGUUAACUGCUUGCAUUUGAAUUGAGAGUUGUUUUGCAUCACUAAGAAGACACUAUUGGAAAGAAGCAAAAUGAACAGGUGUAGAUGACUGACAUGCAGCUAAAUAUGAAUGCCUUUAACACUGACUUGCUGGAGAGGGUCAGCUUUCAUAUUAGAUUUCACUAUUUCUGCAAGAGCACAGCAAUCUUUUCUUUUGUCUUUCAUGUCAUUUCACAGCAAUCUUGUUCCUCAGUUUUCUUCCCAAUACUGUUGAUACUUCCUAAUGAAGUUACUAUGCCCCAUCUCUUAUAUUUUUCCUGAAGAGUCAGAAAUAUAAAAUGGACAUUUCUUUGUAUGAAUGGGCUGUACAUAAGUAUUUGGUAUAUGCAGAGUGGGAUCGAUAAUUUUUAACUGUAGUAUCUUGCAUUUAAUUUUGACAAUGACAAUAAUGAAAGUUCAUUAUUAUAGUUGAUAUAUUGUUCGUAUAAAUUGGAAUGAGAGGUCACAUAUGAUAAAAAUCACACAAAAUGAGGUUUUGUCAGAAGGCUGAAGAGGUACUUGCUACAGGAACAGUGAUAUUUGUACUUCUGUUACUUCAUUAGUAAGAAAGUGUUAAAUGGAACUGUAAUUUGUGACUUUUGUAUUCAUUUGUGUAUGCCAUUUUUCCCUGGCUAUUGUCAUAAAAUGGAAGCAGCAGAAAGUGAAAACAUAUUUUAAUGUUAGAAUAUUUAGUAUAUUGUUUUAUGAUAAUCUUGGAAGAAUUUUGUUAUUUUUUUUAGAUUAAAUUGUGCCUGCA